AUGCCUGAAAGAAUGGAAACAACUUAUAAGAGAGUAUGUUUUGAGCAAAAUCCAAACAUCAGCAGUGAUCUAUCUGAUGAAGAAUAUGCAGCAUCUGAUCUGUUAGACAUGACAGAAGUUAAUGCUGAUGAUUGUGCUGAAUAUAAUGCUCUACUUACCAGAAUACCUAUUGAUUCCAAAGAUAUGUAUCAAGAAUUUCCAUUAGAAGAAUAUGCAGAAUUUAUGCACAUGUUAACACGGUUCUAUAUACAAGAUCCACUUGCCAAUGCCUUUAUAAAAUUUUUCAACAAAUACUCAAAUCGUAAUGAUUAUCCAUUACCGUCAACAUCACAGGCCAGACGAGCAUUUAUAGAAAACCUAAAUCUUUCAAAUUUCAGUUGGCAAAAAGAAAAGAUUUUUGAAUACAAAGGAAUAGAAUAUGUAUUUGAACACAAAACGGUGCUUAACAGUGUACAACAACUAUUAAUAAAUAAAAGUAUUACAGAAAAUUUUAUAUUUAAAUACAAAUCAUCUAUUGAAAUUGUAAGUAUAGCUUACUUGAAAUUUUAG